GCGCGCGCCAGUCGGCACACCGCCCGGGCGGGCGCCACACGACCGGGAUCUGCGCGAGCGACGAGCGGCGACCAACCAAAAUAAUAUCAGUGAAAUAAACACGUAUCCGCAAAACGCUGUAACGUGCGAGCGCCAGAUUCUGUGAAAUAAAUACGAGUACGUGAACGAGUCUCUAGUGCAGAGGACGAAACGACAGACGGCGACUAGAGAGCGAUUAGGGUUUAUACCCUACAACGAAACGAUUCGAGUUUGGAGCCAAAGAAGUUUCUUCUCGGCCCCUCGAAAUAAUUGUAAAAAUCGCUCGGUGACUGUCAGGCACUACACAUACCUGCACUAUUCUUGUGUUAGUCGUAUUAAAAGAAAAAACGAAAAAAACUCGAGAGACGCCCUCUAUCAGUGGCCACGACAGAGGGUUUUAAUUUAUGUACAUUUAUAUAUGCAUAUAUAAAAUUGGAGAAAAAUAGUGAUCUCUAACGUGACGUCACAAUUAAAAUAUUGUGAUUAAAUAAUUAAUUAUCAUAACAUAAUUUUAAUCGCUUUGCUGUUUUCAAAUCGCAUUUUUCACGCGUAUUGCCCGUUAUUUAGUUAGUUUUGUAUUUUAUUUAAAAAUUGUAAAUAGCAAAAAUAUAUACUUAAUCUUUAUCAUAAUAAGUGUGACAUUGCGUAAAGUAACUAAAAUACUAGUCAUUGAUCUAGUGUAUUUAUUUUGGUAUUAUACAACUUAUCUGCAGAGGAGCUUUCUUACUAUUUAUAAUAUAAAACUGUAAUCUUGAGUGCGCUAAAAGCCAAAGAAAACAACAGUGACUCUUUUGGCAAAGUAAAAGGCUCGCUGUCAAAAAAGGCGGGAAGUAGUGGGUGACAGGCCGUUGCCACAGAUAAAAUAUAUCUUGUUGACUCGGUCGAAUCGAUUAUAACAAUCGGCAAGAUGCAGACCCAAAUUGGCGUCGGUAACGAGUUGCAGAGGAGCUACAGGAUGCAGGACUUCGCGUCUCCCGGCCACGUCAUCAUGCGAGAGCGGAGCUUCAUACGGCCGCAGUCUCAUCACAACAUACAUCACAACCAGUUUAACAAUGUGAAACGAAGGAGCAUGAUCUUGACCAAUGCGAAAGGGAAACCCACUCUUGAAAUCUACAGACCUCCCGGUGUCCGCACAGACGGCGUGGCGACCACGGCGGCGACGUCGGCCGCCACCACCACCACCUCGGCGGCCUCCGCGACCACACCGGCAUCCACCAACAAGCUGAAUGUCCACGCCAAGGAGUUCACCAUGGCCAAGCCUGCUGACCUUCACAAUAGGCCGGCGAUGGGCAUCGGGUACGCGAGCGUGGGUCUGCAGCACUCGCGCUCGGCGGUGCUGCACGCGCAGGUGCCGCCGCACUACCGGCCCGUCAUGCCGCCGCACGCGCUGCUCAACAGCGCCUCCAGCGGGAACGUGCCGCACGCACAGGUAGGGCCUCGCGUCCACUUUAAGCUGCAGCCGCAGCAAGCGAUCAUUCCCGAAAAGAAGAAGUCCCCUCCGUCGUCGCUCACGAACGGCAACGGCAAGAGCAUUCGGCCGCAAUCGUUCACGCCCGGCCUGAAGCGCUCCAAGUCGCUGACGUCAGCCGACGCGCUGGCCAGCGGCAUGGCCGCGCUCGGCCUGGCUGCUGAUGCCGGGGACCUCGGCAACUUCCCGCCAGAAAUACAGGAGUGCAUCGAUAAGGCACUUGAAGUGUUGUUGAACGUGUGUUGCGGCGCCAGCAGACCCGAACGCGGUGUGCGCGCGCACGCUGAUGGACGCGGUGGGGCACCUGGUGUCGCGCGCCGUGGAGUCGCCGCGGUACGCGCUGCCCGCCGCGCGCCGCUGCAUCGCCGUCGUCGAGCGCGAGAGCACCGAGACCUUCCUCGAGUCGCUGCUCAACACCGCGCAGCAGUGGUACCACGACAGGGACAAGUUGCUGGGUUCGACGGUGGGCGGGGGUCGGCCGCGGCUGAUGGCGUUCCUGUCGUUCCUGCUGGAGAUGUACUGCCAGCUGCGGCGGCGCGCCAUCCAGCGGCGCAGCGCCAGCGCGCAGCCCGGCCAGGUGCUGCUCACGCUCAUCUGCAAGUGCUGCGAGGACUGCAUCCGCCAGCCCGUGCCCUCCGCCAGCGACACGGAGAACCUGUUCUUCGUGCUGACGUACAUCGGGCGCGACCUGGAGCAGCAGCUGCCGGGCGAGCUGGAGCGGCUGCUGACGGCGGUGCGCGACGCCUUCCUCAACACGGCGGCGGCGCCCUCCAUCCGCCGCACGCUGCUGCAGCUCAUCGAGCUGCACGCGUCGCGCUGGCAGCUGCCCGGCUGCGCUGUGCUCUACUACUACCCCUCCUCCAAGUAACAGGCCCGCACACACACACACGCGCAGCAUUGAGUGGAUAGGUAUCUGCGGGUGGAUAGACAGAAUAAAAUGCUAAGGGUUCGCAUCUUUUAGAGAAUAUAAGAACGUGUUAGGAAUAAUUUAAAUACUGUAAGAGAGCGAUUUUCAUGUAAAACACAAGCAUGCUAUAUAGACUACGAUAGGUAGGAAUCCCCAUUUCUAUCUAUUCACCCUUCAUAUAUCCACCUGUACCAAGGUGAUUUUGACCAUCCUUGUCCCCUUGCAAAUUCAUUGGCAAUGUAACACUGUGCAAUUUGUCACGAUCAAGUACGCAUUAUAUCCUAACCGCACCGCCUAUUUAAGUAUACGCGUUCUGAUGUUUGGGGGUUUAUAAUGCGCUGAUUGUCUAAGCUAAGCCUUCAUGAUCCUUGGUCCUUUUGCACAUAAAACUGGGCUUGAGGUAGAUACUUAGUUUGUAUCCUAGUGUUCAUCCUAGUGACAAUAUUGCAAGUACCCUAUUGCGCAAUGGAUGCUAUAAAUAUUUUGAUCCUAGCUACUAUGCUUGUGUGUCUUGGGGUCUUUGUGCCUUCUUUGUUCUAAUAAUGUGGAACAUAAUUUGGUACCUUUAAAGAUCUUAAAUAAGUGGACUAAAUUAAUUCGGUUCCGGAAUAAGUGGGAAUAGUUUCGGAGGGGUACGUAAAUGUUAUUAUAGGGAGUAAUAAUGUUAGAUUAUUAUACAAAGGUUACGAGCAUUUCUUGUAGUGUUUGAUUUGUUUCGGAGUGACCUUCAUAGCGAUGCGUUAGUUGUACAGGAGGUCUCCACUUGUUGUCCCUUAUACGUAUUGUAGGCAUGAUGCUGCCAUAAGCUCAUUUAUUGUGCCUUUAAAGAUUUUAGUAGUUAUAGACACGUUCUACUCUCUCUCGAGACAUAAUAAAAGUAUUUUUUAAUAUUUAUCAAAAGUAAGAGGAACUCGAGAGCGACAGAACGUUACAAUUAAAAUGUAAGGUGUAGUUUAGCUUAAGGUGGAUUUAGUGAACGCAAGAUAUGCCUUAAAAGUAUUAAAAAGUACGUGUAACGUAAGUAGUUGGACAAAAUGUCGAUGUACAUUACUGUACGUUCUUCGCAUAGUAUUUGGUGCAUUGUACCCCUUGUCGGCGGAGUCUGUCGCGUAGCCUUACCGCUUGUAGUUAUCGUUUGCCUAGCAAUGCUUCACGUCCUGCACAUAUGUUAUGCACUCUGGUGUUUUGUGUUACUAUAGUUAUCCAAUUAUGCAAAUUAUCAUCGUAUUCAAUCGUAGAUCAUUUUGUGAACGUAUGACUGGCCUUCUACGUAUGAAGUGUUUCAAUUUAUUAUGCUUGUGAUAUUAUAAAUUUAAGUUAUGUAAUCUCUAUAAUAUCUCUUCUGUCCUAACCAAAGACUGUACUGACGAUGUGGAGAUUCAUUAUGAUUAUUAACAAAGUGUAAACUCAAUGUUGUUGAAGCUGGACCAAAUUAUCUCGUGUCGCGCUCUAGACCUUGUAACCGUUCAGAGCCUGAGACAUACUUCAGUGAAUAUUUUAAGUUCGUUUAGUUGUAGACCUAUGUCGGAUCACCAUUAUCAAACUAAUGAUUUUUUUAAUAUUAGUUAGUUACAUAUAUAUGGAAAAAGUUAAAAAGACCAUAAACUUUUCGUUAUUACUAUGCAUUCGUAGCAAUAUAAGGUAAUGGUAUGUUUGUAGAAAAGUUGAAAAAAUAAAAAAAAAUGGUGCUAACAAAAUAUUGGUGUAUUGUAUAUUAUUUUAAUAGAAUACGGGCAAUAACAUUGUUCUCGUUACCGCUAUAAUUUUGUACGAAUAAAACAUAAAAUGAUAUAUAACCAAUAAAAUUAUAUAAAUAC